GAGUCAUUCUCCUUCUGACUGAACAGAGAGAGGAAAGCAGCAAAGAGACAAGUCAGGGGUUGACAGAUUGGGUGAGAACAGAUCCACCAAUGGUCCUCCGAAUCCCUCUGCGUAGAAGUGCCAGCUACACCCCAGACCACCAGUCUGGGGUGGAGGCACCCACUCCUUCGCCACUGAAAGUGGAGGCCAAUGUGGUGGUCCUUGGAGCAGACAGCGUGGGAAAAUCAGCUCUGACAGUGCGCUUUCUCACUAGAAGGUUCAUCGGGGAAUAUGGAGACAUGGAGUCUAUCUACACCCACACUUUGGCAGCGGAAGGCAGAGAGAUCCUCUUCCACAUCUGGGAUUUCCCUUGCUCACAGGAACGGACAGAUGAGAGCCCUUCUGAGGACAAGCGCAUCCAGUGGGCCGAUGGCUUUGUCUUGGUCUACAGCAUCUGUGACCGAGCCAGCUUUAACAGUGUGCAGCCCAAAGUCCAGUUCAUCAAGGCGGCCAAAGAAGGACCAUCCCAGGAGAAAGUGCCCAUUGUCAUUGUGGGCAACAAGCGAGACUUGCACCACCGGCGCACAGUCUCUAGCGAGGAGGGCAGGCUCCUGGCUCUUUCCUUGGACUGCGAGUUCUACGAGGUGUCAGCAGCAGAGGCCUACCACGGGGCCCUCGUGGUCUUCAACAGCCUGGCGGAACGCAUCUGCGAGGCCAAACUGGCCGUGAAGAAAGGCACUGGGAUCCGCAGCAUCGUGAAGAGCGUGUCUGCUGUGUUUGCCCGGAAGAGAACAGACUCCAUGUGAGACAUGGUGGAAGCUGGUCCACCAGGGCGAACAGGGCACUGCCCCACCAACCUCAGUCUGCCAUCAGCCAGCUCCCACCUGCCUGCCUUCUUAUGUACAACCCAUCAGGGGGUGGCUCGGUCUGUCAGUGGCUGUGGAGCCACCUACUGUUGGUCUCCUUGCCUUCUGCCCUACCAGUCCCAAUGGGCACCCACCACCACUAGUGAGGUGGACUGAGAAUAUGAGAAACACCAUGGCAUCCAGCCUUCACUGCCUGGAGUAGGGUAUCUCAUUCUUCUAACCCUGCUCCAGAGGCAGGAGUCUGCAGGGCAAUGCGACUCAAUAGGCAAUAAAGUGAUUUCCUGUGGUGUUGAAAU